CUACGUUUGGUGAAUCAUAAAAGAAAGAAAUUCUGGUAACCGGCUCUUUUGGGGGCUACGUGAUGAAAUCCCCCAAAGUUCCGGUCAAAAUAUUCAUAAACAAAUUCCAAAAUGACGAGAAUGUCCCAUUCUCCAACUAGGCAACCUCCUCAGCAACGAAAAAACAAAAAUUUAACUAAACCCCCCAAUAUUUAAUCCCAAAAAUUGAAAAAAAAAAAACAAAAAACAAACAAGCAAAGACUAUUAGAACGAAGGAAAAAAAAAAAAGGAAAGCAGAAGACCCAGCAACAAUAGCGGAAUCUGGGUUUCUUCUUUUUCUUACAAAGAUUAAGAGAAGAAAAAAACCCAAAAUUCAAAGCUGCAUUCAUUUAGGGAUUGCUAGUUGACGAAGUUGAGAUUUCAAAAAUCAGUGUGGUUCUUGAUAUCUAAAUAGUGUAGCUACAUAUGAUACAGAUGUUCAAAAGGGUUUCCGACAGUUGUGUGGAAUAAUAUGGUUUUCCAAGGAUCAGUGGUUGAGAAAGAACUUUGCUGUUAGAUUUUACAAAAAAGCUGUGGAAAAGAUCGGAUGGAGAUAUCUUUGUUAAAAGCACUUCUUAGUAACAUUUCCUCAUUUCUAAAUUUGUCAUCUUCUGAGAACAUUAACUCAGAACCAGUUCAGAAGUACUACCAGAGAGCAGAAGAGGUACUAAAGUUGUUGAAGCCAAUUCUUAAUGCAAUUGUUGAUUCAGAAAUUACUUCUGAUGAAGUGCUUAGUAAGGCAUUUGAAGGUUUAGGUCUCUCUGUUGAAGAAUUAAGAGAGCAAUUUGAAAGCUGGCAACCCCUUUUGAGUAAAGUUUACUUUGUUCUGCAAGUUGAGUCAUUAAUAUCAAAUAUUCGAAAUUCUAGCCUGGACAUAUUCCAGUUCUUGAAGUCUUCCCAUCAGCAGCUGCCUGAUGAAUUGAGUUCAGCAUCUCUCGAGCACUGCUUGCAGAAAAUUAAGCAUGUGGGAUAUGAACAAACAUCAUCUGUCAUUAGGGAAGCCAUAAGGGAUCAAGUGGAUAGUGUUGGACCAAGCUCAGAAAUGCUAGUGAAAAUUGCGGAGAGUUUGAGCUUGAGUUCAAACCAGGAGAUUCUGAUAGAGGCUGUGGCCCUUGAAAAGUUGAAGGAGAAUGCUGAACAAGCUGAAAAAACUACAGAAGCUGAGUUUAUUGAUCAAAUGAUUGCUCUUGUAACUCGCAUGCAUGAUCGCCUUGUUUUAAUAAAACAAUCUCAGUCCUGUAGCCCGGUUCCCAUAGCUGCUGAUUUCUGCUGCCCCCUUUCCCUAGAGCUAAUGACUGAUCCUGUGAUUGUGGCAUCCGGACAAACCUAUGAGCGGGCUUUCAUCAAGAAAUGGAUUGAUCUUGGGCUCACUGUGUGCCCUAAGACACGGCAGACUUUAGCUCAUACCAAUCUUAUACCUAACUACACAGUUAAGGCACUAAUUGCAAACUGGUGUGAGUCAAACAAUGUGAAGUUGCCUGAUCCUGUAAAGUCCAUGAGUUUAAACCAGCCCUCUCCUCUUCUUGUGCAUGCCGAGUCUGGUUUGCCAAGAGACUCAAAUAGUUUUCCACAUUCCAGAAGCAGCCAACCAGUGUCACCUGAGUCACGGCCUACAGGUUCAUCUGGUAAGAACCUAAUCAUCUCCAGUGGACUUCAUCAGGAGGGAACCUCCCCACUACAUCCAUGUUCUACCUCAGAGGGUUCCUUGCCAGGUGUAGCUGGAAAUGGAGAGUGUCUGGAUGUUGCAAGAAUAACACUAAAUAGUGCUGAAGACAGAUCAAACUUGGAACAAGAGAAUAGAGAUUCAGUUGGCCAACCCUCUAUGUCACCUUCUAGUAUAGAAUUUCAUAGUGCUGGACAGUCGUCUCAGAACCAUACAAGAUCUGAUUCAGCCUCUAGUACACUUUCUAAUUCAGAUUUUCCUCGGGGAGUAGUUGGAGAUGCCAAUGAGACUUCUGAGGGGUCAACUCAACUAGCAGCUUACAGUAGUGAUGGUUCUGGAGAGGUGAAAUCUGACACACAGCCUGCAGCUAGCUCAGCCAUCCCGCAGAGAGAACCUGAGUUCCCACCUCGAUUGAUGGAUGCACGAUCUCGAAGCCAAACGAUCUGGCGCAGGCCAUCGGAGAGAUUCAUUCCAAGGAUAGUUUCUUCUCCUGGCAUUGAGAACAGGGCUGACCUUUCUGGAAUUGAAACCCAAGUUAAGAAGUUGGUAGAGGACUUGAAAAACACUUCAGUUGAUACUCAAAGAGAUGCCACAUCUGAACUCAGGCUACUUGCCAAGCACAAUAUGGAUAAUCGGGUUAUAAUAGCCAACUGUGGGGCCAUCAGCUUGUUAGUUGAUUUGCUUCAUUCACCAGAUACCAAGACACAGGAAAAUGCUGUUACAGCACUUCUUAACUUAUCAAUUAAUGAUAACAACAAAUCAGCUAUUGCUAAUGCUGAUGCAAUCAAACCUCUGAUUCAUGUCCUCGAGACAGGAAGUCCUGAAGCUAAAGAGAAUUCAGCUGCCACUCUUUUUAGCCUUUCGGUCAUUGAGGAUAACAAAGUCAAGAUUGGAAGAUCUGGGGCAAUCAGGCCUCUUGUUGAUUUAUUGGGCAAUGGUACUCCUAGGGGAAAGAAAGAUGCUGCUACAGCCUUGUUUAAUCUGUCAAUAUUUCAUGAAAACAAGGCCCGAAUUGUGCAAGCUGGUGCUGUAAGACACCUUGUGGAGUUGAUGGACCCAGCAGCUGGAAUGGUUGAUAAGGCAGUUGCUGUUUUGGCAAAUCUUGCUACAAUUCCUGAAGGGAGGACUGCAAUUGGUCAGGAGAAUGGGAUUCCUGUGCUGGUUGAGGUUGUGGAGUUGGGUUCAGCAAGGGGAAAGGAAAAUGCUGCUGCUGCUCUUUUACAGCUCUGCACAACCAAUGGUAAGUUUUGCAGCAAGGUGCUCCAAGAAGGGGCUGUCCCACCACUAGUGGCCUUGUCACAGUCUGGCACCCCCAGAGCUAAAGAGAAGGCACAGGCACUUCUGAGCUACUUCAGAACCCAACGACAUGGUAAUGCUGGGAGAGGCUGAAAGGUGGAAAACAACCUUCAUUGCCAUCCAAGGUUUUGGGUCAAUACAGUUUGUGUACAUUCGAUGUUGCAAAUAAUGCAUUUGAAGGUUUUGCUGCUUGGAUUUACAGGGUUUGUUGUAGAGAAAAAAAUUAAUUUGUGGAGGAUUUGAUUGAGUCCUCUUGUGAAAUACUUUUUUAUACUAGACUAUGGUCCGUGCGUUGCACGCGGGUCUCUUUCUACCUCUCUUUUUCUUUCCUUUUUCUCUUUUUCCCUAUACCCUCCACGUGGCUAAAUGAGGAAAUCCUUUGGGUCUUCCUUUUAUGUAUGUUAUAGAUGUGAAAUUGUGAAUGUGGGAAAUGAAUUUCAUACA